CAGGGUCGGGCACAUACCCUGGAAAUGAAUAAAAGGAGAAGCAUGUACGCUCCGGCAGCCGAGACGGGAGUGACCGUGGUGGAGAAGGACGCGGCUCUGACCAGUGCGUACUCCCCUGUGGACUACAUGAGCAUCACCAGCUUCCCCAGACUCCCGGAAGAUGAUGCCUCCGCCGACAGCGCCUUCAAAUCACGCAAAGAUGACGAGAACUUCCUCAGUGAGCAGGACACAGAGCCGGACCUGUUCCUGAACUCGGCCCGGCUGCAGCGGCUGCCCUCCUCCGCCUCGGACCUGGCCCGGCACGACAUCUCUCCCCUGAGAGAGACCACCAGAGACCCGCUGGCGCAGGAGUGCGCGUGCACACGGGACGGCCUGACCGUCAUCAUCACUGCCUGCCUGACCUUCGCCACCGGGGUCACCGUGGCCCUCAUCAUGCAAAUCUACUUUGGAGACCCUCAGGUGUACAGUCAGGCCGCAGUGGUGUCGGACGUGGCCCGCUGCACGUCUCUGGGCUUGGACGUCCUGGGCAAACACGGGUCCAGCGUGGACGCCGCCAUCGCCGCUUCCCUCUGCCUGGGCAUCAUCCACCCCCACGCCUCGGGCAUCGGCGGGGGUGGCGUGAUGCUCAUCCAUGACAUCCGGAAUAACGAGAGCCGGGUCAUUGACUUCCGUGAGAUGGCACCCUCCGGGAUUCACGAGGACAUGAUGAUAAAUGUUAAUCAAAGGUCGGGUCUGUCCGUGGCCGUCCCAGGCAUGAUCAGUGGACUGCACCAGGCUCAUCAGCUGUAUGGAAGACUGUCGUGGAAAGACGUCAUCACUUCGGCUGCAGACGUGGCGAGGGACGGAUUCAACGUUACGCAUGAGCUGGCUGAUGCGUUGUCUAAAGUGAAGAAGGAGAAUGUGUCGGACGCUUUCAGAGAUCUGUUCCUGCCUAGCGGUCAGGCUCCACUCGCGGGAGUCCUCGCUAAACGUCUGGAUCUAGCGGCCAUUUUGGACAAGAUUGCAGCCAAUGGAAUCUCAGAGUUCUACAGUGGGAAUCUGACUCAGGAAAUGACAUCAGUGGUUCAAGCUAAAGGAGGCGUGCUGACAGAGGAUGAUUUCAAAAACUACUCCACUAUCAUACAGAAGCCGCUGCAAACUCUUUACCAGGGCCAGCGGGUGUUCGCUCCUCCUCCGCCGCACGCUGGAGCCGCCCUGCUCUCCGCGCUCAACAUCCUGGAGGGGUUCAACAUCACACGCCAGGUGUCCCGGGGACAGAUCUACCACUGGGUGGCUGAGUCACUGAAGAUCGCUCUGUCCCAGGCCAGUGGACUGGGAGACCCCAUGUUUGACGACUCGGUCUCUGAGCUGGUGGCGCAGAUGCUCAGUAAAACCCAGGCUGCUGUUUUCCGGGAAAUGAUCAACGACUCGCAGGCAUCGGCCGCCGAGCACUACGUCCCGUCGUAUGAGCUGCAGGAGGGCGCUGUGGCCAGCCAGCUCAUGAUCAUGGGCACCGAUGACCUGAUCGUGUCUGUUAUGAGCUCACUAAACCGGCCGUUUGGGAGUCGCAUCGUGACUCCCUCUGGGAUCCUCCUCAACAGUCAGAUUCUGGACUUCUCCUGGCCCAAUAAAACCCACGGCUCUGCGGCGUUCAAUCAGCGUAACGCCGUUGAGCCGGGCAAGCGUCCCUCCUCGUUCCUGAUGCCGGUGGUGGUGAGGCCGUCGGUGGGGGUGUGCGGGACCUACAUCGCCCUGGGCUCCUCGAACGCGGACCGCGCCGCCAGCGGCAUCGCUCAGGUGUUGAUCAAUGUCUUGUCAUCACGCAAAAACAUGAGUGACAGUGUGUCCUACGGGAGACUCCAUCCCCUCAUCCAGAACAACACCCUCCUGGUGGACUCGCUCUUCCUGCCAGCGGAUGUGGCGUCUCUGACCCAGAAGGGCCACGCGGUGCAGAAGGUGGACAUCAUCUCGCUGGUGGAGGGAACCCGCAGGACCAACGACCUGAUCAUCGGCGUCAAGGACCCGCGCAGCAGCGAUGCCUCCGCGCUGUCCAUGCCCUAAACACACACACACACACACACGGGAGCUUGUAGAUAGACAUAGGAUUGUACUGUCAUACUGGUUGUGCAUUAAAUAAGCGAGUUAUGAAGACAGCGAGUUAACACUACUGCUGAUGAUGGAAAUGAGCCUCACACACACACACAGAGCUUGCAUGCGCACACGAUCACGAUGACCAACUGUGAAAGGCAGUAAGAAAUGUGCAGUGUUUUUUCAUCAUUUACCUGUAUAUUUCCAGGUUACUCCGCUUAUCCUCACACACACAGUGCCUGUAAGACUUCUGGACAUAACCACUUAUUAUUUAUUGAUAUUUUCUUCAUUGUGGAGUUAUAGUAAAGUCAUCAAAACUGUAAAAUAAAACAAAAGGGAGGCAUGGGGAUUAUGCAGUGGCCAGAAAGAUAGAGCUGCACGAUUCUGCCUAAAUAUUAUUAUUUGUUCACAAUUCUGAACUGAAUUUAUUAGAGGUUCUGACAAAAUGUUAACUGCUAUUUAAAUAUAUAUACUAUAUAUAUAUUUUGUAGUCAGUUUGAAUGAAUGAUUCAUUAGGUGUGUUGGACUUAAUCUCAUCCACCGAUAGAUCUGCUCCACCCAACGACUCACUCCAAAACUUCACUGAUUUCAUUACUGGAUGAAUAAGCGUUAAUAAAUUGUUGAAUCAAUUAUUCAAAGACAAAUCGAUUUUUAACAGUCUCUUGUCGCCACCUACCGGUGUAAUGAUGUGAUUGAUCACUAUCGCUGGUGUUUAUGCAUGCUAUAAACUUUAACCCCAGGAUUGCUGUGAUAAUUUGAAUUAUUUUAACACAGAGAUAAUGAAACUGGUUGAAAACACUGUUUGAGUUUCAUAUAACACGAUAACCGCUGUCUCUGGAUCGUACUAGUCAAAGGUUUAAUAUCACUGAUGAAUGUUGCCAUGUAGGACAUACAUCGUGUGUAGCUUAACUUUUAACAAUUAAUCGUGCAGCUCUACCUAAAAAAAAUAAAUGUAGAUAUUUAAGCGUAUUUCUUCCCAGACCAGUGAAUAACCCGUGUGGGAGAUCAUGUGUAAUCAUCCUGGAAGAAAUUUACAUCAUAACUAGCGUACAUAAAUUAUUUUAAGAAACAUU